AUGGCUUCCAACAACCCCCGUCAGAAACGCCUCAAAUUUCUGUUUCGUCAGGUCAUCAACGGCGAGAGGCGAGUUAACAGCUCCCAUGAAGCUGAGCUCUUCAUCGAAGCCAUCCAAACUUAUCAGCCGCCGAGCACAUGUGUCGAGAUCAUUGUUUCCAGCCCUGUCGGUCUCGACGCUCUCCGAGAUGCCGUCCGAGUCAACCUGUCUGCUACAUUCAUCCUUUCUCACACCUUCCCCUUAUUAAGAUACCUUUCUGAUCCAGGUAUUAAAGCCCUCGUCGAUGGUCAGUUACUUCACCGGAUCCUCAUCUCACUCGGAAAACCUCCCACGCUUUGGAAAGCUCUCUUCAAGCUUUUCCAAGAUCACCAAAUCCCUGACGAUCAACUUGUACCCUUUGUCUGGCUUGGGAUCGGACUUCUAUCUCUUCCCAAGACUGCCGAUGUCAACAUCAUAGACGAUAUCAAAGUUCUUGUUGAAGGCACCCGGCUGUCUCAAGCUGAGGACCACGAUACGCGUGAUCUGUUCUACCGGAUGAAGAACGUGUUCGAGCUCCAGUCGUCUCCCGCCGGGAACACUGAGCAAAGCGGAGCAGGCGGAAGACAUGACAACGAUUUUGCUUCCUUCAGGGAUAUACUUAUCUAUCCUACCGAAGACGAGUUUCUAUCCACACAAAAGCCCUUCUACCGUACUGCAAAGGAGGUGACUGAUGCUCCCAUGGACACCCGUGCUGCCGUCCAUCUAGACAACCAGUUCAGGCUGCUCAGAGAGGAUAUGCUUGCCGAGUUACGUGAGGACCUACAAGUCACAGUCGGCAAGAAGAGGGGAAACCGGGAGUCCCUAGUCCUCAGCGAUCUUCUCGCUGUGGGACUUCACUUUGGCGACGAGGCAAGCGAAAGAUACAAGAAGUGCUGCCUCCUCCUUCAGUGCCGCAAGGGUUUGGAAUUUCUUGAAGAACUGGAUGAGGAGGAUCGAUAUGAGUUCUUCCGUGAACAUCCCAGUUUCCUUCGACAUCAGUCAUUUGGAGCACUUAGCCGCGGCAAGGAUGUCAUUGGGUUUGCCUUUCUUGAAAGGGACCUAGACUAUUUGUCCGAGUGGCCACCAAUCCUCCCGCUACAGUUCAACGACAGUCGUAGUCUCGGAAGAACACUGACAGCUUUGCGACAAACAAAUCCCGCCUGGAUUCAGUUUACUCCCGUCGAUACGCCGGUAUUUGCGUACGAGCCUGUGUUGAGGGGCCUCCAGGCGACGACCGAGUUGCCAUUGCAAGACUUCAUCGUCAAUCCUACGAUCAAGAGCCUUGAUUUCGAGCAGGUACCUGAGCUUCAAGACUUAAUCGAAAACAUCACGGCGACCCACAACGAGAUGUCGGACCAUGGCUCUGCCCGCUUAAGCAACAGUGUCCGCGUGGACAAGUCUCAACUGGGCUCGUUGAUCCAUGCUCUUACAAGACCAAUAAGUCUUAUACAGGGACCACCAGGCACCGGAAAAUCGUUUAUAGGUGCCCAGAUCGCCAAGUACAUGUUCUCUGCAGGACGGCGGAUUCUUGUGAUAAGCUUCACCAAUCAUGCCUUGGAUCAGUUUCUCGAGGACCUCCUCAAAAGCGCGCGCAUUCCAGAAGACAAAAUUGUGCGUUUGGGAGCAAAGAGCAAGUGUACUCCAAGAACCGAGCCUCUCCUCCUUGUCAAUCAGAAAGGCGAUUAUCGGCGGUCGCAAAAUGCAUGGGACAUCAUCAACAACCUUAAACAGGCUACGCAGAACUCCAUCGAAGACCUGAAAGCGGCAUUUCAUAACUUUCGAACGACCAGCGUUACCUGGAAUGAUGUUGCUGAGUUUCUUGAGUUCUCAGACGAGUACACAUUGUUUCACAAGGCCCUGCUUGUCCCCACAGCAGAUGAAAACGGCUGGGAGCGUGUUGGGGGGCGUGCUGGGAAGCGACAAAAGAAAGACAAGGACUAUCUCUAUCAGAGAUGGAGCACUGGCAAAAACCCCGGCAUCUUCACACAAGAUAUUCCUGACGAGUGCCGCCCAAUCUGGGAUAUGCGGCAAGCAGACAGGGAGAGUCACGUGAACAAGUGGAUGAAGGCACUCAUCGGGGAGCGUCUCGAGACAGUCGAGGAGCUGGUUCGACAGUUCAACGAUACCCAACACCAGCUUGAGACGCAGUUCAAAGAGGCAGAUGCAGAUAUUGUUCGCCAAAAGAUGGUCGUCGGAUGUACCACCACCGCGGCAGCUAUGCACUCUGGUCUGAUACGAGCUGCUAUGCCCGAUGUGGUGCUCGUGGAAGAAGCUGGAGAGAUUCUGGAGAGCCAUAUCCUCACAGCUCUGACCUCGUCGGUCAAGCAACUUAUCUUGAUUGGCGACCAUAAACAGCUCAGACCCAAAAUCAACAAUUAUGCCUUGUCGGUGGAGAGGGGAGACGGGUUCGACCUGAACCGUUCCCUCUUCGAACGUCUCAUCCUGGAAGGGGCCCCACACACCACCUUACGCAAGCAGCACCGUAUGGUUCCCGAGAUAUCUCUAUUCCCCCGCGAACUUACAUAUCCUGAUCUUCUCGAUGGUCCCGGGACCAGCGAUAGACCGCCUGUUCGGGGACUUCAGGAUCGAGUUAUCUUUGUCAAUCAUACCAAGCCAGAGGAUUCCGAUAGGACAUUGCGGGAGCGCCGGGACCCAGGAAUGAAGGAGAGCAAGAAGAACUCUCACGAAGCGUGCCUAAUCUUGAGCUACGUAAAGUAUCUCGGGCAGCAGGGUUAUUCUGCUGGGAGAAUCGUGAUCCUAACUCCAUACUUGGGACAGUUGAGGGUGCUACAGGAUCUCCUCCGAAAGCACGACCAUGAUGCAGCACUGAGUGAGAUGGACAAGAGGGACAUGAUCCGUGCAGGAUUGAUGUCACAAGCUGCUGCAAUAUUGUCCAAGAAGCCACUCCGAAUUUCGACCAUAGACAACUAUCAGGGUGAAGAAAGUGAUAUCAUUAUCGUCUCCCUUACCCGGAGCAAUAACACAGGAGAUAUCGGGUUUCUCUCUGCUCCAGAGCGCCUCAAUGUCCUCAUUACGAGAGCGAGGGAUUGCCUGAUCAUGAUCGGAAACAUGGAGACGUUCAUGAAUAGCAAGAAGGGUGCUACGACUUGGCGGCCGUUCUUCGAGUUACUCAAGACCCACAACCAUCUGUAUGAUGGCCUCCCAGUGAAAUGCGAGAAGCAUCCAGAGAAGACAGCAAUAUUGCGAGAACCAGAGGACUUUGAGAAGACGUGUCCGGAUGGGGGCUGCACUGAACCAUGCAACGCAUUUCUCAAAUGCGGCGUACACAAAUGUGCAUCUCGCUGCCAUCGCGUUACAGACCACAGCCGAGCUGAGUGUUCUGAGGUUGUGGCGAAGGUUUGCACCAGGCAACACAGGUACAAGGUGCGUUGUAUGCAGCGAAACGAAGGUUGUCGAGAUUGCGCAAGGGAAGACAAAGAGCACGAGCGGAGACUCAGGAGAGACCUACAGCUCGAAGAAGACCGCGUGCGUCAACAGCUAGCAUACCACAAGCAGCUUCAAGACCUUAAGGACGACCUGGAUCGUCAACGUCGCAUCAACAAGUACAAGGAGGAUGAGUUGGCCAUGAAGCAGACACUGGACCAGCACAGGAAAGAGCUUGCAGCUCUCAAGGAAUCCCAGGCCCGUACCGAACAGCAACAAAAACAGCAGGCUGAGAUCGCUCUUCGAGUUGCUGAAAAGGCUAGGAUUCGGACGGAGAAAAACUCGCAAGCCACAAACGGGGCACAUCCACACGACUCCCUCAGCGACCUUCCUGACACUGCCGAAGCCGAGUGGAACCAUUUGAAAAAGUUCGAGAUGGCAUCCAGCAAGCCUAUGGAUACACUGAUGUCAAUGAUAGGGUUGGAAGACGUCAAACAGGAGUUUCUGUCCAUCAAAUCCAAGGUGGACACUGCUGUUCGCCAAGGUAUCUCCCUCACCGAAGAACGCUUCAGCUGCUCCAUGCUUGGGAACCCUGGAACAGGGAAAACCACUGUGGCAAGAUUGUAUGCCGAGUUCCUCACCGACGUUGGGGUGAUUCCAGGAAAACACUUUGCAGAAACCACUGGGGCGGGGCUCGCUCAUGGCGGUGUUUCCGGGUGCAAGAAGUUGAUCGACAAUAUCCUCAACGACGGCGGAGGAGUCCUAUUCAUCGAUGAGGCAUAUCAAUUGACAUCCGGCAAUAACCCUGGCGGUGGCAGUGUAUUGGAUUACCUUCUCGCCGAAGUCGAAAAUCUGAGAGGCAAGGUCGUCUUUGUGCUUGCUGGCUACAGCAAACAAAUGGAGAGCUUCUUCGCCCAUAAUCCAGGUCUCCCUAGCCGGUUCCCGAUUGACAUGAGCUUUGCAGACUACACGGACGAUGAGCUGCUAAGGAUCUUUGAGCUCAAGGUCAACAAGAAGUACAAGAACGCGAUGGACUGUGAGGACGGACUGCGAGGCCUCUACUGCCGUAUCAUUGCCAGACGAAUUGGACGAGGGCGUGGCAAGGAAGGCUUUGGCAAUGCUCGCACCGUCGAGAACAACCUUGACAUCAUCUCUCGAAGACAGGCAAACAGGAUCAGGCGGGAACGGAAAGCAGGAAAGGCUGACAUCGAUGAUUUGUUCUUUACUAAGGAGGAUCUAAUCGGCCCCGAACCGGCCGAAGCCCUCAACAAGUGCCAGGCCUGGAAGAAACUGCAGCAGCUUAUUGGUCUUGCGUCGGUCAAGGAAGCCGUCAAAGCGCUUGUCGAUAGCAUUCAGCAGAACUACAAGAGAGAGUUAGCCGAGCAGCCGCCCAUUCAGUACUCCCUCAACAAGGUUUUCCUUGGGAAUCCGGGAACGGGAAAGACGACGGUAGCCAAGCUGUACGGAGAGAUCCUCGUUACACUUGGAUUACUUUCCAAAGGUGAAGUGGUCGUCAAGAACCCGUCUGAUUUUGUCGGCGGCGCCCUUGGGCAGUCCGAACAGCAAACCAAAGGUAUCCUCGCUGCCACUUUGGGUAAGGUCCUCGUCAUCGACGAGGCUUAUGGUCUCUAUGGAGGGGCAUCUACUUCUGAUCCAUACAAGACGGCCGUCAUAGACACCAUUGUGGCAGAGGUCCAAAGCGUUCCGGGCGAUGACCGGUGCGUGUUACUGCUUGGGUACAAGGACCAGAUGGAGAACAUGUUCCAGAACGUCAAUCCGGGCCUCGCUCGCCGCUUUCCCAUUGCUUCAGGAUUCAACUUUGAAGAUUUCUCGGAUGAGGAGCUUCGGAAGAUCUUUGAUCUCAAGAUCAAGCAACAAGGAUAUCUGGCUUCUCUAAAGGCAACGGCUGUGGCAAUGGACGUCUUGAAGCGGGCACGGAACCGGCCAAAUUUUGGCAACGCUGGUGAAAUCGAUAUCUUGCUGGACGCUACGAAGGCCCGCCAUCAGCGACGGUUCUCUAAGGGGCAAGCACAGCCAGAGACGCUUGAGCCUCAAGAUUUUGAUCCAGACUUUGACAGAGCGUCCAGGUCGGAGACCAACAUCCGGAAGCUCUUCGAGGGUUCAGUGGGCUCCGAGGAUGUCGUCACUCUGCUGGAGCGUUACCAGGAGACCGUACGAACGUUCAAGUCCCUGGACAUGGAUCCAAAGGAGAACAUCCCGUUCAACUUCCUUUUCAGAGGGCCUCCAGGAACCGGCAAGACCACCACUGCCAAGAAAAUGGGCAAGGUCUUUUAUGACAUGGGCUUCUUGUCUACCGCUGAGGUGGUCGAAUGUUCUGCCACUGACAUGAUCGGUCAAUACGUUGGGCAGACUGGUCCGAAGGUGACCAGCCUUUUGGACAAGGCGCUUGGGAGAGUCCUAUUUAUUGACGAGGCGUAUCGACUGGCCGAUGGACCUUUUGCCAAGGAGGCGAUGGAUGAGCUGGUUGAUUCUGUUACCAAGGACCGGUACUGCAAGAAGCUGAUUAUCAUCCUCGCGGGCUACGAGGCGGACAUCAAUCGGUUAAUGUCAGUCAAUACUGGCCUAACAUCCCGUUUCCCUGAGGUGGUCAACUUCCGAGCGCUGUCCCCCGAAGAAUGCAUUCAACUGCUUAGCAAACUGCUUGAGAAGCAAAAAGAUGUCCUCAAGUCCAAAGGCAAGGAGCUGGACCUCUCCUGCUUGACGAACCCGAAACCUGCCUUCAAGAAAUCGAUGGUGUCCUACUUCGCUGAGCUAACCACGCAAUCCAACUGGGCCAGCGCACGUGAUGUCCAGAGCCUCGCGAAGAACAUGUUCAACAGAGUCCUGCGCUGCAAGGAAGACUUGGCAAAGGGGCGCAUCGUGCUCACAGAGGAAAUCAUCAGGCAGGAACUUGAGGCGGUCAUGACUGAGCGGGCUUCGCGGAGCAAUGCCGCGGCGGCAGCAAGUGGCGCGCCAACUGGAUUGCCUGAUGCCUUGCAGCAGUUCUUCCAGCCUCCACCUCAAACGCGGCCACCACCGUUCAACAUCUCCACGGCCACUUCCACUUCAUUUGCACAAGAGCAAUCCCGCGUUGUCGAAGAGAUAUUCUCAGAAGAUGAAGAGGAAGAUCAGGAGCCUGCGCCCGCUCCCGUCGAGAUGAGAAAGGAAGCAGCCGACUCCAACUCCAAGUACGGAGCCCAGCGCGACGCAGGAGUGAGUGAUGCAGUGUGGGAACAGCUUCAGCGCGAUCGCAAGGCCGAGGAGGAGCGGGAAGCGGAAUACGAGCGGCUGAAGGAGGAAGCGAAAAAGGCUUCGGAUGCGGCCAGGGACAGAAUCGUGAAGAGGCUGUUGGAGGAAGAAGCGAGGAGGAAGAAGGAGCAAGAGAUGAAGAUGAAGUUAAAGAUAAUGGGGGCUUGUCCAGUGGGGUUCAAUUGGAUCAAGCAAUCCAGCGGGUAUAGGUGCGCUGGAGGAAGCCAUUGGAUGAGUGAUGCUGAUUUGGGGAUGAACUGAACUUGGGCUUGGGCGACGGACAGACAGGCACUUUCGACAGGAUAUGUGAUCUGGAGACUGGCUUGGGGAGGACGAAUGGCGCAGGACCAUGGGAGGCUGGUCAGACACUUGAUAUUUUGACGGCCUUCCGCCAUUUUUUUCAUUUUUCAUGCAUGCGAUGAACAUAUUAAAACUGUUUCUUAAUAGGAGUAUCUGCUCCAAUUUCCCAGCAUGCGUACAGUACUGUUGUAAAGCGAUCCAGAAAUAUUGUGCAAAUAUCCCAUUCUCGUCAAAUCGGAACAGAGAUGACGGGAGAUGGUUCAGCGCCUUGUACAGGGUCUUUACAGUGGGAACGCUGCCGUAGCGUGAAGGUUCACCCCCCACGUUUCAGUGUGGCAUUCCGCAUUGUAU